AAAUUUUUUCAUUAAUAAAAAAAUGAAAGGAAGUAUGAGUUAUUGGGUCACACUAAUAGUGAUAGUGUGGAUGAGUGUAAUGGUGAGAAAAUCAAAGGGUGUGAGAUCUAUAAAAGAUCAAGUGUCACAAUUUGUAGAAGAUCGCGUACCAUUAGGAACGAAAUGGGCUUUUUUAGUUGCUGGUAGUAACGGUUUUGAGAAUUAUAGGCACCAAGCUAAUGUAUGUCAUGCAUACCAAGUAUUAAAAAGUGGUGGUCUUAAAGAUGAAAAUAUCAUUGUUAUGAUGUUUGAUGAUAUUGCCUACCACCCUAAAAACCCAAAGCGUGGCGUUAUAAUGAAUAGGCCAAAUGGGCCAAAUGUUUAUCGAGGUGUUCCUAAGGAUUACACAGGAAACAAUGUUAACCCAAGGAAUUUUUUCGCGGUGCUUAGUGGAAACAAAAGUGCUACAAUUGGAGGCUCUGGUAAGGUGCUGAAUACAAAUUCACAUGAUUCCAUUUUCAUUUACAUGUCUGGCCAUGGUGCUGUACACGUAUUCGGUUUAAUAAAUAAAGGAGAUAUAUGGGCCGCCGAUUUGGUAAAUGCAUUGAAGAAAAAACAUGCUGCUUUAGCCUACAAAAAGAUGGUUGUAAAAAGGGUAGAACAUAUUGAUCCAAUUUACAUAUCUCAUGUGAUGAAAUAUGGAGAUACUACUGCUGUAUGGAAUGAUGCUAUAGGCAAAUAUUUUGGUGAUGGCUCUGCAAGAUUAGUCAACAAGAUUAGUGAUGGCUCUGCAUUUUCCUAUGAACACUUCAAUACGACAAGAUUAGUUACACAAGACGAUGCUUCUUUACUUCAUUUGAAGCUUGAGUUGGAAAAAGCACCGCAUGGUUCAGAGGAUAAGUCAAAAGCACAAAAAGAAUUAGAUGAUGAACUUGCUCGCAGGAAGCAUGAGGACCAUACUAUCAAUCUCAUAGUAGAUCUUUUGUUUGGAGAAGAGAAAGACUCUAUUAAAAUGGAUCAUGUUCAUAAAGUCGAUCUACAUGAUGUCGAUUAUUGGGAUUGUCUUAAAAUGCUUUGGAAAACUUAUCAGGAUCAUUGUGGUAUCUUAUCACCGUAUGGAAAGAAAUUAUACUCAAAAGUUUCUGUUAACAUGUGCAACGUUGGCAUUUCAGAGACGCAAAUAAUUGCAGCAACAUCUCAAGCUUGUCCCAUAAAAAAUCAUAUUUCUUAAAUUUCUUCGUCAAGGUGUAGUGAAAAUUAUAUAUUGAUAAAUAAAUUGUCCUAGAUUAUAGGAAAUGUGUAAUCCUUCUUA